AUGGUCAGGGCCCUGCUGCUGGGGCUCCCCUUGCUGCUGGGCGGCUUUAGAGUACUCUCCGGGUCAUUUUCAAACAGAGAUGAUGGCAUGCGAGAUCUGCUCUCACUUCCGUUUCUCUACUCUCUGGUCCAAAUUAUAGAUAUUAUUCAGUGCAGGAUGUGCCACAUGCAGUUUCCAGGAGAGCAAUGUUCCAAAGGCAGGGGGAUAUGCAUUGCAGCCCUGGACGAGGCUUGCAUGGUUGGGACGGUUGUCGCAAGUGAGGGCAUGCUCCAGUUCAGCUUCCUGGGCUGCCUGAAGAAGUGCGCCAAUGUGGACCACAUACAGUGGAACGAGUUCCAGGUGAACUUCAGGUGCUGCAGGUCUUACGACUUCUGCAACGAAGUCCUCUAG